GAUCAACUCACUUCCACCACACAACUCAGAGCCACCGCUCAAACCAACCAACAACAAUGGCAUUCAAGCUCGUCGUCCUCGCCGCCGCCUUGGCUGUUGCCAACGCUGGUCUGAUCGGCGCCCCCGUGUCCUACGGCUACGCCGCCGCCCCCGCCGUGUCCUACGGCUACGCCGCUGCCCCCGUGGCCGUCGGCACCCCCACCCUCACCUCCCAGUCCUCCAACACCCUGAGGACCUUCGGCAACCAGGGCCAGAUCUCCCACGAGAGCAAGACCAUCCAGACCCCCUUCUCCAGCGUGUCCCGCUCUGACGUGCGCGUCAGCAACGACGCCCAGAUCCUGGCCCACACCCCCGUCGCCGCCUACGCCGCCCCCGCUGCCUACGCCGCCCCCGUCGCCCACGCCUACGCCGCCCCCGCUGCCUACGCCGCCCCCUCCCAUCACUUGAUCCGCACCGAUCAACGAGUCAAAAUGGCAUUCAAGCUCGUCGUCCUCGCCGCCGCCUUGGCUGUUGCCAACGCUGGUCUGAUCGGCGCCCCCGUGUCGUCCGUGUCCUACGGCUACGCCGCCGCCCCCGUCGGCUAUGCCAGCCCCGCCAUCGGCACCACCCACGAGAGCACCGUGCGCUCCCUGGACGGCAACGCGGCCGUGACCACCUACUCCAAGGCGGUCGACACCGCCUUCUCCAGCGUGCGCAAGUACGACAGCCGUGCCAGCAACGACGCCCAGAUCCUGGCCCACUCCCCCGUCGCCGCCUACGCCGCCCCCGCUGCGUACGCCGCCCCCGUCGCCCACGCCUACGCCGCCCCCGCUGCGUACGCCGCCCCCGUCGCCCACGCCUACGCCGCCCCCGCUGCCUACGCCGCCCCCGUCGCCCACGCCUACGCCGCCCCCGUCGCCAAGGCCGUCGCCCCCGCUGGUCUCCUCGGCGUCGCCUACUCCGCUGCCCCCGUGGUCUCCCACAUGACCUACUCCAGCGGCCCCAUCGCCUACGCCUACUAGGUCAAGCUCCCUCUAGUCACCGUCAGUACUUCUAAGCUCUCCUCCUCCGACUGCCAAGUCCAGACUGAGGCUGCUCAGCGGCCCUUGCGUGUACAUAACUUCACCUGAUUCGACUAUUUAUUUGCAAUAAAAAAAUGUGAUAUGAUCAAAUUGAA